CGCUCUCAGUUCAGUUUAGCGCUAGCUGUCGUUGAGAGAGGACCGUGUUACAAUGGCUCCACUUAUUUCUGAGGAUUUACCUUGUGCUCCGGAGAGUAUUGACUUAUACAGAUGUGAAUUGGAGCUUAGGAAGCUUACAUCACUAUCUAAGGAUUCAGAGAAGAGUGAAAAAACUCCAGUAAGAGGGAUUGGCUGUGACCUGGCAAGCAUAGUUCGUGAUGCCGUGGAGACUGGUCAAGCUACCCAUGGGGUGUUCCAGUGUGCUGACCUGCUGACCAAUAACCCAGACAGUGUAAUGCUGUGUAUCUUACCUGAUGCAAGUGACCACUGUGACGUCACAGUGCAUAUUCAACAAACACUGAUACAAGCCUUUUGCUGGGAAAACGACAUUAAGUUGAUUAAGGUUGACAGCGUAGACAAAUUAGCUGCCCUUCUGGACGUCAAGGCUACAAAUGAUGCUGUUUGCGGACCCGCGUCGUGUGCUCUUAUUCAGUUUCCUUCUGGAGACCUAAGCCCUGAGAUGGAACGGGUGUCCCAGUACAUUGAUCACGUGAUGUUUAGCGAUGUUUAUCCAAGACCUGUCAUCCGACUUCCUGAAUGAACUCGUACUCUGUGCAGCACUGCACUGAGUUCUUAACUGCCAGAAUACCCAUUCUCUUCAUCCUCAAGGACAGGGAACUUCAACCCUUGCGGGUACCUCGAGGUACCGAAAAUGGCGACAGCCACACUGGAUGAGAGGGUGGGAGGAAGAUUUAUGACAUAAGAUCGGCAAGACCAUAUUGAAUCAUCCACUGUAGUGACCAGGGGUCAGCUGAACCUGCCCAGGGGUCAACAAGAAGUUAUGGCCAUCUGCUGCAAGGUGGACAUCGGGUCAGAUGCUGACGGGUCAACCAAGAAGAGGGACGGGCGGUCAAGGGAAACACCCACACACAUGAUUCACCUGCCUGUUAGGAGCUAACUGUUACACUGCCGCGGGGGCUGACGGUUGACUGACCAGUUGGGGAGUCGGCCUGACCAUGAGAGGGUCAUCGAUCACCCGGAAAAGAUGUCACUUCAAAGACUGACCAGGUCAGUGCGUAGACACUGCCACCACGCCGUGGGCGACCACACAAUCCGUGGGUGACCAGAACCAGGUGAAGGGUCACAGCCUCGUGCAGCUGUCCCAGACAAGUCACGUGAUACCAUGUGUCGUCUGCUUGUGAAGCCCAACCGGGGGCGGCGGGAAAAGACUUCCCCGUAGUGUUAGCGGGCUUUAACCAAGUAUUUCCUUUGUAACGGGAACUCCUAAUAUGGAAGUGCCACAAUUUUCAUCGUUGGAGGCACACUGACUGACUGUAACAACAAAUUGAACUGCUCUUACAAUGAACAAUGCUUAUAUGCAUUUUUCGAAUCAACCACCACCAAUCCUUUACAAAUAAAGGAUUGAUUAGUGUUCAUUGUGGACAUCGAUAACACGUGUCGGUGUUACGUAGUUGAUAGUUUGAAAUAAAUUUUUUAAAACAA